GAUUCAGUUCCUCCUGAAAGCAACCCAACUGUAAUACUGUGCAGAGGAGAAAAAUGGCAAGCAAGAACUUCUCGUCCAAGACGAAGGCAGAGGCGGUUAGAGCUUCAAGAGGGGAGUGUUUUUAUGACGGCACGAGGCUAAACAAGAACAACACGGAGAUAGACCACGUUGUUAAUAAGAUGAGGCCCGGGUGCACCAACGACCUAAGCAAUGCAGUUGCUGCAUGCAAACCCUGCAAUAGGGAAAAGGGCACCCUCACCGCCUACGACUUCCAAGCGAACAAGCUCGGGGUGACUCCACGCUGCCAAGGUUUCACUCAGGACGGCUACAGGUGCCAGCGGAACGUGGCCGAAGGAAAUCGAAAAUACUGUCACGAUCAUUAA